CUCCUCCUCCUCCCUUCUGCACUUCCUCCCUUCAAGGCGCCCUCCGUCGCCAUCACAGUGCUCAUCAAUCCUCCGGAAGACCACCCUCCUCUGCAAGAACGAAAAAACGAGGGGUUUGAAAAUUCAGAGUCAUUACUUGUCACAGGAAAAGUUAAAGUGUUGGUGACGACAUAGGAUUGAGUAGAAAUCCAAAGUGUCAUUUUGGUUAAAGCUGGGUUAAAAUUUGAGUGAGACAGCUCAGUGAAAGCAAGAAAGGGGUCAAAACCAUUCAAUAUUUGAUACUAAAAUCGUAGAUUUCAAGCAGUGACUCUAUUCUACAAAAAUGUUUAAAGGAUGGAUACCAGCGUAAAUUAGAAGAAGAAAAACGCGAGUGUUCGAGAAACACAUAAAAUUGGCGUAAACGCUAAACCGGCAGUGUCGUGCAGUGUGUUUUUACGUACUCGACACGGUUUGGUCUGGUGGCAGAGAAGAGUCAACACUUUGCUGGGUUCUAUAUUUAAUCGGGUCAUUUACAAUUGGUUUACAACAAGUUUUAAAACUGGGGAUUCCGCUCUUUUGUGUACAGAGAUUCCGAUUUUCUUUGGCAUCCAAUCUGGCUAGUGAGGGGUGCUAUUAAAGCCGAUAUAUACAUUAUUGUCUGGCUGCUGCGGCCGAAAUCCCUUCCGUGUCAUUAUCAUCAUCAUCGUAGCGUUGUUGUGGAUUCAAUUAUAUCAUUAUCCAUUCCCUUCCACCAUAAUAUCAAUGUCGAUCUACUACUCUUAACCAAUUUCUCGUCUCUGUAACAAUUGCAAUAAUAGCAUAAUCAAGCAAGACCAAAAAAAUUGCGCUGAACAGCCAGGAUUUUCUACUGCUGUCCUAAAUUGGUUGCAUGAAGUUAAACACCAGUGUUGCAUUUCUGAGUCGGGCUGGGUCGAGCUAUGCAUAUUUCAAGUUGAUGAACGUGCAACGAAUGAGUGCUUUGAUGAAAUGAAAAUUAAAAAGUGAUAUUUGUGAUGGUGUCGAGAGAGGACACUAAUAUUACGAUGAAAUGAGUCGGAUGAUACCACCGCAUCAUCGUCAUCAGGAAAGUGUCGUCUUCACCCAAUGGUUGGAGCAGUGGAGAGAAAGGUCGACUUCGCCAAGUGAUUCUGUGACCGUGAAGUGAGUCCGAAAUGCAGUCGGCAUCCCCAGGGGGGUAUAAACCAAGUGUCGGUGCGUCACCACCCGUGGGGGCACAAGUAGUGAAUUACGGAGCCAAACCUGUCAACGGAGGAAGGUUCGAUUUCGACGAUGGUGGAACUUACUGCGGUGGAUGGGAAGAUGGAAAAGCUCAUGGUCACGGGGUCUGCACCGGACCCAAGGGACAAGGAGAAUACUCUGGAUCCUGGCAUUUUGGUUUUGAAGUUUCCGGCGUAUACACCUGGCCCAGUGGGAGCACGUUUGAGGGUCAAUGGCAGAAUGGGAAACGGCAUGGGCUUGGGGUUGAGUACCGAGGGAGGUGGACGUACCGGGGGGAGUGGACGCAGGGGUUCAAGGGUCGCUAUGGCGUGAGGCAGGCCACCGCUUCCAGCGCCAAGUACGAGGGCACCUGGGCCAACGGCCUCCAGGACGGCUACGGCUCCGAGACUUACGCCGACGGAGGAACGUUCCAAGGACAAUGGUUGCGAGGACUCAGACACGGUUACGGGGUUCGAACAAGUGCUCCAUUCGGAAUGGCAUCUCAUUUCCGUCCCAAAGCCCCAAAGGAAGGUUCUAUGACUUCGCUGAAAAGUGAAUCUGCUGCAGAGCCCACAUCUGAGAGGGACCGGCGAAUGGAUGACGUGAGAGGUGGAUUCGUAUUGAAAGCCAGAAGUGAUGAACCUCCUGCUCGACGAAGGUCGCUAUCCGAACGUUCUAGUAAUUUCAAAGAUUCCAUCCUCAAAGGUCUGAAGCUACGGAAGCAGCGAAGCACUGGGGAUCUGGUAGACAAGCGUGGUACAAACUCGAGCAUUCGAUCAACGGGGAGCUCAACGAAGAGCUCAACGUCCUGGAUGAGUAAUGAAUCUGCCGUCACGUCACACUCUCAUCAUACCGACUCGAAUGCUUCCUUUGUGGUCGAGGACGAGCAGAUGGAUGCAAGCGUUACGGAAACGUACAUGGGAGAAUGGAAGAAUGACAGAAGGGCAGGAUUUGGUAUCAGCGAAAGAUCUGACGGGCUCAAGUACGAGGGUGAAUGGUACAACAAUAAAAAAUAUGGCUACGGGGUUACCAGCUUCAAGGAUGGGACGAAAGAAGAAGGAAAAUAUAAGAACAACGUCUUGAUAACUUCCCAGAAGAAAAAACAUUUGUUCCUGAUUCGGUCGGCAAAAUUCAGGGAAAGGAUUGAUGCAGCUGUGAAUGCAGCACAAAGGGCUUCCAAAAUUGCUUUACAAAAGGCUGACAUUGCAAUUUCCAGAACCGCAACUGCCAGAGGGAAAGCGGAACAGUCAGAUAUUGCAUCAGCCCAUUCGAGAGAAGACUCGGAAAUUGCGAGAGUAAUAGCCAAACAGUUUGCCCCUGACUUUCACCAACCAGGAAUAGAAACAAUAAAGCCCAUCGUUCGAGUUCCAUCAGUUCAGCCAGAUCUCAGCAAACUAUCAUCGCAGCAUAGGCCGGAUGUUCCUGCACCCACGGCACAACAACAACACCAACGCCCACAGCAGAACUUUGUGGCUGCUGGAAGUCGUGAUCCCUACCAUGAUGAAAAUCUUGGACCUGUUGCCAACCCUUCUUCAACUUUCCCCUCUCUUUCUAGAACCUCCGUACCCGACCGGCUGGACCGAACAUCCAUAAUUCCCAAUCAGCAAUUGGAUAGCAUGUCCUCACAGUACCAAUACCACCAACAACAACCGCCACAACAACAACAGCAGCCCUAUGCCAAUCGCGUGAAUGAAAUGCCCACCGGUAUGUACCCCACCCCAUCGUCUGGACCUUUGCGAAUGCGAUCCGAUCAAAAUGUGAUGGAUUCAGGAGCAGAGAUGCCCAAAAUGAACUCCACUUUUAAGAAUUCCUAUGGCGGUAUGGACACCAAUCCGUCCUACAUGGACAUGCAAGGUGGUGGUGGUGGAGGACCAGAACGAGGCCGUGAUACCGUUCGAAGAAGUCAGGGCGGCGCAUCCCAAAUGAGAUCCCAAAGUAGCUCCAAUCCACAGUCUUCCGCAAACAAUUCGUAUACCUUUCAGCAAGCAAUCAUGAGUGAUCACUUUGACCAUUACAAACGACCUCCUAGUAGAGACACGUCGGUGGACCGAUUUGGUGGAGGAGCAGCGACACGAAAUAGAUCUAGGACGCGCGGAAUAACUCCUGAAAUGCAAAUGGCCGGCAACCCUCCAGUUGUUAAUACGCCCUACCAACAACAACCCCCCUCGCGCGCCCAGUCCAGGGCAAGGACACCGUUCAUGGAUAAUCCCGCUGCCACACGGACUGCAAGUAAUAUUGCACUGGAUGCAUUUCUGGCGAUGGAGAAUGCCAACAUAGUCCAACCAGGCCAAAGAGGUCAAACCCCUUCGAGAUUUAGUGGUGGGGGCAGUAGAGCAGGUUCACCUGGAGCUGCAUUCUUUUCUGACACUGGCAGUAUGACCGGAAGUGGGAAGGACUUGGAGGGCAUGAGAUUUAGAGGUGGCCUUGGUCAAGAAAUUCCCUCCAUGCCAUACACACCAAAGCGCACUGAAUCUUUAUUCCUUAAACCAGCUCUCCUUCCUAAGGGAGCGGGUGCUACUGCAGGCCCAAUGCAGAAUGCUGUAGGAGUUAGUGGUGGAGGGGGCGGUGGGGGUGGACCAGCCCACGUGCGAAAGAAGAGUCUUCCAGAUGCAGUGACGCUACCAAAGACAACAAUAGGAAUCCCAAGGGAAGAACUGGCCCAGUUAGGGUCAGCCAGACGACAAGAGUUGCAUCGUAUGCAAGACGAACAAGAAAGAUUACGAGCUAAUCCUCUUCUCUACUUGCUCAAUCCAAAUGUUAAGAACUGGUUAUCUCGACAAAAGUUCAUGAUCCUUGUCAUGCUCAUCAAUUUAGCACUAGCCAUAAUGUUUCUCCAACUCCUGACGUGAAAAUUACUCUACGUCUCGUGCACUCCUACUUUAACAGUGAUGAAUAUGGGAAAAAAGUCAGCAAGAUUUAAUAUUGGGCUACAAUCUCUUCGUUGGACCACUCACGAAGAUUUGUUAGCAAAGCUUGUGCACCUCUCACUCCGACGCGCUGGCCUCACUCCUGAAGCGUCAUCGAGGUACUCGAAACUGAAUCAUGACAGAAACGAACCAAAUUGAAAAGAAACCAAAAAUAUAUUUACUACCGAUUGUUGGUUUACUAAUAUUAUUUAAUUGUAAGGACUACCACAUAUUUGACCCUUUCAUAGGUUGUUAGGUUGCUUCAAAUUCCUUCAGUUUGCACAAACUUGAGUUAUUAUGCAUUCAUGUUAGUUUAAAACAAAUUCUGUCAUAUCAGCAGAAGACACCGUAUCAUGUUCCGUGUAAAUAUAUAAGUACAUAUGUAGAUGUAUAUGUAUGUAUAUCUCUGAAAUUAGGCAACUGGUGGAAUUUAAGGAGUAAUGUGACCUGCUAAUUCCUGGAAAUAAGUUUUAAUUUCCAUUCAGAAAGAAUAAUUUAAUUAAAUGCAUGAUGUUAGAUCUUCCACUACAGAAUUUUUAGUAGAUUUCUUAACAGAAAUUUACGCUAAACUUUACAUUCGAAAUUAGCAACCCGAGACAGCAAUUUUAUCAUAACCUGCGUGUACUAAUAAAAUAGAUACUUUGCACUUUGAGCAAAUUUGUUUGUGGCGAAAAACUACAAUUAAAUAAUCUGGAUAAUAGCUAACUUUCUUUCUCGCAACUUUUUUGUUUUCUUUACACUUCAUCAUCUCGUAAAUCAGUGCUCUUCUAUUUCUUCGUGUAUUAUUUUAGUGCUGUAGCUAUUGGACAGUAAGGAAUAAAUGAUCGCAGGUAAAUUGAAUUUCACCCCGCUCCCAAUGUAAUCAAGUGGGCACGUGAUUUUCGCGCGAAAAUAUCCUGCGAUCAUUUAUUCCAUAACGAGCAAUAGUGAGUAGAUAGGUGAUAGAAAUGUACUACACAUUUUAGGCCUACGUAGAAGUGUAGAAAAAUUAUUUUAGAGAUCACGACUUCUGUCUGCUGCGGGCUUGACUGGAUCUAAUUUUAGUGUAGGGUGACUUUCUCCAAACUUUGUGUUUGAGAAAGCAGACCCACAAACUCAGUUGGUUAAUGUUUAGUUCAUGUAAAUAUAAAAGUCCAAUUCACGAACAAUGAUUUAGUUUUAGAACAAAAACAACUCAUGUGUUAUAAAAUUGGUUGAUUUUGACACUCCUAUUUUUUAAUAUGUUUAAUUUAUUCCACUCCGAUGCGCGUGGACCUGUUCUCGAGCAUAGGAUAUCGUGCGAUGUUACAACUUUCACAAUACCUUCUUAUUAAUAAAUUAAUGAUUAUGUGUAUGUUUAGUUAAGUAUUAUAUAUUUAUUUAUAGGUUAAGAAGGCGUGUAAACCUCCAUAUGAUAUUAAGCGUAAUAUUUUAAUCAAAUAUUUUAUACAUUUCAUUCAAACUACUUAAAAUUGCUUCAAUCGGCGACCGUAGAUUUCUUUUUUUUUUGUUCUUUUAGUUUAGUUUGUGAGUGAUAAAGUUGUUCAUAUAUAUUUACAUAGAUGUGGAACCUUUCAAAAGCGAACUUUCAUUCUUCUCAUUACAGCUAUUUAUCAUCGGAAACCUAGUUAAUUAAUUAAUAAUAUGUCAUUGAGAUGGCUGAAUUAUUGUUAUUAUUACGAUUUCGUCUGUUAUAAAAGAUGAGAUCAAUCUGACAAUCGAGAGUGUUUACCAUUCCCUAUAAUAAUAAUAAUUAUGUUGAAUAAUUAGCGAGCUUUGGAACUUUCGCAAAUGAAAAGAUAUUAAUUUCAUCGAGUUUGUAUAGGAAAUUAUUCAAAAUUUGUCUGGAGAACGUUGUGGGUAAAUCAAAACACAAAAUGGAGACAAUUUUACACAGAAUAUUUGGAAAUUCAUGCUCAAAAUAUUAAACGGUUGAUAACAGUCACGAAACUUUAUAGCGGAAUACAUAUAUAAAUAUGUAUGUAUGUAUGUACUUUUAAAUAGCCUCCAUUAAAUUUUCUAACGAUAUUUUACGAUAAAAGUUAUGAAAAUGUGGCCUUUAGAUUUUACGCAACCUUAAUACUUUCAUCAUGCCUCCCCUACCCUCGAAUCAAGAUGACAAAUUCUCCAAAUUUUUAAAUACAUUUGUAUGAAAAGUACAUUUUAUCUAAAGAGAGCAUAAACCUGUAAUUUGAUAAUUUUAACGAAAACGAUACGGUUUCGAGCAGUUUAGUUUAUGGCAAGAUUCAGGCUUGCUGAUUUCGUGGCCAUUUGAACGGCCACAUAACAUUACGCCAAUUACGCGAUCAGAGGAUGAAAAUAGAUUAAUUCGGUAUUGUUAAAUGGUAUGAAUUUUUGAAAACACUCGUAUCCUAAUGUAUGGUGAUGGUGCUAUGAUCAACUGUGUUUACAACAAUUUGUUUACUCCAGAAAAUAAUAAUUGUGAAAUAGUAAUAAACCGGUACGUUUUGCUAAAA